AUGACUUUGUUGGCCACGGCUGGAAUAUAUCUUGUCUUGGAUGUAAACACACCGUUAGAAGGACAACACCUAAAUAGAAAUGAGCCAUGGACCACAUAUACUAGCAAUUACUUGAUACAUAUUUACAACGUUGUUAAUGAGUUUUCUGGCUACAACAAUACAUUAGCAUUUUUUGCUGGUAACGAAAUUGUUAAUGAUGAGAUUUCGGCUACUCAUUCGCCGAUUUACAUUAAGGCCGUCAUCAGAGAUUUAAAGACUUUUAUAAAAGAAAGCGAUAUGAGGCAGAUUCCCGUUGGGUACUCUGCUGCGGAUGAUUUAUCUUAUCGGAUUCCUUUGGCAAAAUAUCUAGAGUGCUUUGAAAAUGAUCCAAUCGAACUGGUUGAUUUUUAUGGUGUCAAUACGUAUCAGUGGUGUGGAGAACAAACGUUUUUUACUUCUGGCUAUAACAAGUUGGUGAAAGAUUACUAUGAUUAUACAAAACCAAUUUUUUUCUCAGAAUAUGGAUGUAAUGAGGUAUUGCCAAGGGUCUUUAAAGAAGUUGGACCAAUCUAUUCCUCAAAGAUGAUCGAUGUCUUUUCUGGUGGACUAGUAUAUGAAUUUGCACAAGAGCCAAACAACUACGGGUUGGUGGAUUACGAUGAUCUCGGGAACGUCAGAUUAUUGCCGGACUUUUAUGCAUUUAAAGAGCAAAUAUCAAGGGCCAAGGAUAUCAAAUUAUCGAAGAAAUUUCAACACCAAAAUCAACAGUUUCUCUCUGGUAAAUUGGAGAAGGAAAAAGGUAGUACAAACAAGAUAUGUAAUCUGCAAUAUGAUAAUUUGGAUGUAUCCAAAGGCCUCCCAAAAUCGAUAGGAUCCCAACUAAUAAAAAAUUUUGCUGGAAAAACAAAGGGUAGUUUUGUUGCCUUAACAGAGGAAGAUUUGACAGUAAUGCACAAAGUGUUUGCUCCGAAUGGAAGUGUGGUAUACGAUUAUUUAACGGUGAGAGCAGUUCCAGAACUGAUUGGAGAAUCAGAAGAUGUGAUAUCAUGUAUGUAUCGAAAAACAACAAUGAAUCUGGCUUUGUAA